UGUGGACGAAGGAACGCGACACUUCAUGCUGUGUGGUUUGAUUCUAUUUGUGCUUUGAUCUAACCGCUACACUGCAACGUGGCAUACUCUGGUGUAAAACGUCGUCAUUGUCGACACUGAAUUUGACCUUGACCCUAAUAUACAAAUUAACAACGUUGACGAUUGAUUGUAAUGAGGUUGUAUCGAUUCAGAAACCAUAUAGAUAAUGAUAGGAGGGUCCACUUCGCUCUUCAAUAAUCGAUUUCUUAAAAUGAGAGUACACAAGAUAUUUAAAAUUUUUAUUCUAAGACUGACUUUCACAUCGAAGAGGACUCUAGUAUUCUAUGGUUUCGUCCUAGGAUUUGUUACCAUGGUAAUUAUGCAGCCCCAUCUAGUGGCGAAUAGAAACACAGGUUCCAGGGAAGGGAAGGAACUGCAGGAGGACACAAUAGAGCGACUGCUGAGUGAAGAGAAGAGAAGUGAUGGUGGUGAUGACAGACUGGCCCAGGCAGUGCUGAACAGGACCCGGAUCUUGUGUUGGGUGAUGAUUCGAGAGAGCGGCAAUGUCAAGGCCAGAGCUUUGCGUGCUACGUGGGGAAAACGUUGUGAUAAGCUCCUGUUCUUUGGCGUCGAUGACGAGUUCUCCGCCAUAGAUCUAAGAACACAGGAAGGAAAGAGAUACCUAGCUGCCAAAACCUUCACCUCCCUCAAAUACAUCCACAAAUAUCAUAUAAAUGACGCUGAAUGGUUUCUUAAGGCGGACGAUGACACCUAUAUCGUCAUGGAAAAUUUAAAAUAUUUUUUAAGCGAUGAGAAUCCUGAAUCACCUGUAUAUUUCGGCGAGUUUUUUAACCCGUUUGACACUAAAUACCUCCGCUACAACAGCGGAGGGGCCGGCUACGUCCUCAGCAAGGAGGCUCUACGACGUUACGGGGAACUCUCGCUUCUGAGAAGCGUUUGUGCGGACCCGAUGGGGCCAGAGGAUAAGGAGAUCGGCUACUGCCUACGUCACCUGGGUGUGGAGAUCGGAGACACGACAGACCGUAUGGGGCACAGCAGGUUCCAUUACGAUCGAGCUGAUUUGCAUGCUGUAGGCGAUGCGAAACAGUGGUACCGUGAUUUUAUGGGAGAUCGGUACAGACAGGGCACCGACACCAUGAGCGUCUACCCCAUCUCCUUCCACUACCUACAUCACUACGACAUCCACAUGCUGGAGUUCCUCUUCUACAGACUACGACCUCACGGCGUCUUCAAGCCAUUCCAGGAAGUAAACGUUUGAUUCAUUCGGCUCAUCUCCAGUCUAUACAUUUCGUAUAAGCCGAGGGGAGCAGAGUGUAUGUGAUCAACAAAACCAGCCUGGUUUCCGGAGUCUGCUGUGAGCAAGGCUGCAACAUAACGUUAAUCUCAUUCAAGUCAAAACCGUCACUCAGAUACAAUACCCCCCAAAGGUAAAAUCUGUGAACUCCGUCAGAGAGGGAAUAUUGAUGAGACAACAUGUCUUCCGUUGCGCCCGAGUUACGUCCCUUGCCUAUGCCAAAUCUCCGCUGCUCAAGCGGCAUGUUUGUAAUAUUUCCUACUGGCGGGAAGUUCAAAAACCGUAGAAAUUUACAAUUUGAAAAACUUCAGCGAACACAGAUAUGUAUUGUAAGAGGUAGGUCGGGAGUCGAUCAAACUUUUUGGCCUUUCGUCACCACUCGUCCCUUUCCGUAACCUGCAAAAUGACAUUCGUGACCCACUCGUGUUAUUCCGGGACAAGACGAGCGUCUUCUUGAAGGCGAUUGGUGACGAAAGAAAUGGUUUGGGGAUGUUAACAGCAAGGGCAGGCAACUCUGCACUGACAGUUAAGGCACCUCGGUGGAUGAUGUAGACAUGCUACGACGUGACAUGAAUGUAAAACAACUUAGUGGAUGUUUAUCUUUGUGAUUUUGUCAGGGCAAUGCUUCUGUGACUUGGAGCAGGGAGUACCAUGGAUCAGUCAGUGAGCAAGAGGGCUUGGAUUAAACAGUAUUCCAGUUA